AUGGCGAUUGGAAUGGCGAGAACUAAAUCUUCCCAGGUCCGCUGUGACCGAUCCGUACUUGGUUGCAAGACCUGUGAGCGCCUGGAGUUCCAGUGCUCUUUCCAGCGCGACGCUUCUCGGGCCGUCGGUCAGUAUGUGCCGCGUCUGCCACCGAAGCGUCGCGGUGCAACGGCCUGCCUGGAGUGUCGGGCGAUGAAGGUCCGUUGUUCGGGGGCUACGCCUCGGUGUCAAAAUUGUCAUCGGCGAGAUCGUCAAUGUACCUAUCCUUCCUCUAGUGGGCCAACGAGACCCGCAUUAACUCGCGUUGGGAAGCUGUCAAGUCCCACGACCAGCACUUCUAUCCCAAUUGCGAAUGAUGAUUGCACCCACGGUCAAUCUGAAUUUUCAAUACCAAGACCUUCUGCUCCUUCAUCGCCGUCAGAUGAGGUAGUCAGCUCGCUUCUGAGAGACUAUUUCGAUCGCUUGUACCCUCUCCCAUCUUUCAACUUCCUCCACAAAGAGACUGUCGUUCAACGCCGUUCUGAAACUACCCUCGAUGAGUCGUUGAAGCUAGCUAUAUGUGCGAUCACUGCUUUAUACUUUGGCCAAUAUAAAUCUGAACAUGGUGCCUGGGCGCAACAGUCCGAGCAACUUAUCCUGAAUCGGCUCGAACGACCCUCCAUAUUCCUAAUCCAGGCGUCCCUACUCACCAUUCGAUAUAGGGCCGGAGUAGGCCAAUUUCCACGAGCCUUCAUUCUUGCUGGGCUUACAGCACGGUGGGCGGUAUCUCUGCGUCUCAACUACGAGCACUCGGGCCUGAGUCCCAUCGCACAGGAGGUGCGCCGGAGGACAUUCUGGUCGCUCUACCUGCUGGAGGACAGUUUCUGCGUGGGGCUGAAAGAAUUCGAGCUCUUCGACUCAGAGACAAUUCACCUUCAGCUACCCUGUGAAGACGAAGAUUUCCACGAUGAGCGACCAGUGCUGACCGGCUUCCUCCAGCCGAGCAAGGGUCUUGAGCCAGAAGUUCUGGGACCCCGAGGGGCUUUCGUCAAGCUAGCCUUUAUUCGAAGAGGGAUAAUGAGGCUGAAUCGGAGAACCUGCGCUAAGGAAGUGAGCCUCUCCGAGCUACUGAGAUCUAUGGAGAGGUUCCAAGCGGACCUCCAUCGUCUACGAAGUCGGCUCGCACCCUCUAAUCAAUACCCCCCCGCAAACCCAGAAGACCUUCAUUGGCAUCCCCGUUACGCGACUCUGCACAUGUCCUGGCAUCAGUGUCAUUGCGAUCUGUAUCGUAUCUUUCUCAGUGGCUACCCCGAAUCCACUCCACACGUCGCCGUGGAGCGCAUGACAUCGUCGGAGCGUGUUCUCAUGAAAAAUAGGUGUUUGGGUCACGCAGAACUGAUCGUGAUGGUGCUUUCUGACUUUGUUCAUCACAAGGAUGAGCAGCACAUGCUUGAGUUUGAUGCGGCUGUAUGUGCCUAUCACGCAGCUCGGUUGAUCUUGUUUGGGACAUAUACUGGGAGGGACAAUGCGGGCCUGCCAAUGCAGAUGGCCAUUAACAAAGCUCAGCUAUGUCUCGAUGUAGUCACCCGGUACUUCGAGUUCUCCGCUCAUCUUAAACCGAUGGUAACGAGACAUCCAGCAGCACAAGAGAUGGCUGCAAUCAUCGGGCCAUCGAGCCGUGGCCACGGCGGAUCCAACCCCUUAUCCACCCCCUGGUAUCUCGCGCGAUGCGUACAUGCGCCAGCGCCUCGCCAUCCACAGUCUCCUGCGGCAAUCGGACUUUGUGGACGACAGCCGUGA